ACAAAAACAGGCAAUGCAUGUGGCAGGUACACUUACCUGCCAGCACAGAACUCAGAGUCUCAGCGAAUCAGGUAGCAGCGCACUCGCAGCCAAUCAGCCAAUCAACAGCCGCCUCUCUGGCAUAUAAAAGCCGACGCAAUGCCACAUGCAACAUCAGUUAUCCUUGUGGCACAGACAGCAACGGGCAGCCCAAAAAAAAAAAUGUUGACCAACAACGAGCUCAUCGAGCAUUUCUAUUACAACAAUGCGAGCAGUGCUGGCGAUGAGGUGCAGAGUUGUGGCAACGACUAUCGCCAGUUGGAGGACUUCAUGCAAUAUCAGCUGGAUUAUAGCGGCAGUGGCGAUAGUCUAUCCGAUGGCACCAAUAGCUGCUCCCUGGAGCUCUAUUACGAAACGCCAGCGGUUCUGGAACUCGAGCAUAUGCUCAGUGUACAGCAGCAGCAACAACAACAACACCACCAGCAGCAACAACAACAGCAACAGCCAUUGCUCAGCAGCAGCUCGUCGGUGAAGUCCUCCGCCAAGUACUGGCAAAGGCAGCAGCAGCAGCAGCAGCGCAGUAAGCCCUAUGGCAUGGUAUCGUCCUCGUUCUGCUCCUCGUCCUCCUCAACCUGUCGCGAAGCUGACGAGGAUGAACUGGGCCUAAGCUCGGAGGUUCUGCGCAAGCGACGUCUGGCAGCCAAUGCGCGGGAACGUCGCCGCAUGAACAGCCUAAACGAUGCCUUCGACAAGCUCCGCGAUGUGGUCCCUUCCUUGGGUCACGAUCGGCGACUCUCCAAAUACGAGACUUUGCAAAUGGCGCAGGCGUACAUCGGCGAUUUGGUCACACUAUUAUCCCGGAACUAUUGA